GCAUCCUUCACUCCAACUAUGUUUGAGGAAAUCACUCUCGACUGAAUCCUCCAGACGGUAAUAGGAAUCUAAUUCAGUUGGCUUUACCUUUCACUCUUCCUUUUUAUCACUGAUAAAACUUGCCAAGAUUAUUUUUCAAGUUCGAGUCUGUGGACUGGAGCUGCUUGUCUCAUAUUUGAGAUUUAUAUAUUAUCCUUGGAAGAAGUUUUGGUCAACAUAUUUGGAUUUUUGCUCAAUUUUGAUAGGAUAAACUUUAUAUCAAGAGACAUGGGAAACCCGUUUGCCAAACCAAAAGUGGUGACCACGUCGACUCCUCGACCCACUACAACAAAACCUACAACCAAACCCACUACCCCUACGACUCCGACAACGAUUGCCACCACCACCACCACCACCACCACACCGGAACCGACUACCACUCCGAUGACGACCACCCCGUCUCCUGCUCGGAUCACAUCUGAAGGUUUGAUAACACACUCUUCACCCAUCGCACAGAUAGAGAGUAAGUCACGUGCAUGUUGCACCACGCCGACAUUCAUUAUGACAUCAUCGGUUUCGAGCACGAUCCCUUUGCACGCGACACUUCCUUCUGCAUUUGGAACGCCUUCUUCGUCAUCAGCAACGAGCCAAUCCCCCUAUUUGCUUCCUCUGGCCAUUGUCAUGUCGACAUCCUUUCUCAUCGUCGCCUUCAUUCUCCUCGUUCUGGUGUUUCGACGACGUCAUCACUCAGAUAAACACGGGGAGAGCGGGACCCACCCUGUGCUGGCACAGACUCAAGUAUUUUCCAACUCGUCCUUCAACGCCGAGAGCUCAGUGGAAUGUUCCUUGAACCACAUCUACGUCGAGCACGGGGAACGAGAUUCGAAGCUCCACGACGGCCUCUACACUUACGUCACCAAACCUUCCGUCAUGGGUGGACUUCCAAAAGGAUACGCUCCUUCCGUUCCGUCGCCAAAGAGAGUCUUUCGAGGACACCCGGAUGGAAAGUGUAGAUCGGUCCAAACGAAAGGUUUGACCUCAGAGGACUUUGGUGAUGAGGAUCAUUAUAAUCUUCUAUUUGAGGACCGGCCUGCGGUCGUCAACGUCAUCGUCAUGAACCCUUACGAAAAUCACAACCCCAACGACUGUUAUCAAAACUACGCUAACGUGACGGAAAUACCCGAAUCGACUAUCGGAUUCUUAGAAGCCCCGCCCACCAGCGCAGAAGAUACCAUUUCCGUCAAAAGUUGCACGAGUUCAAUGAAAAACUCGGAUUCUUCAAAUAAAGCUGUAACCGCAGACUCGCAGCCCGACAUCCGACCGGGUAAUGUUCCUCCAAUCCAUCCGGAUAGUCCAGCAGUCGAGUACGAGCCUAACGGAUCGAUCCGGGUGCUGACACCGAAUGACACGGAAGUGAUUGCAGAAACCAAACAGGAGUCGUUGUAUGAGAACACGCCCAGAAGCCGAGGAGAUUCUGUGAAGAGCCCAAGGAAUGGAGAACCAAAAUACUAUGUGCUAGAAAGACAGUUAAACCAAGAUCCCGAUGAUAAUGAGACCGGGAUGGUAGAAAAUAUUUUAUAUCAAUCAGUUACCGAAUAAAGCUUUUUUGUGGAUACAAUAAGAAACUUAUGGAUAUGAUUGGUUGAGCAACGGCAUAU